UUAGUUUGAUAGAAGUCGUAAAGAAAUCAACAUCACACAAUACAAAACGCACCCGUGCACUGCAAACCGUGUAUGCCACACGUUGCCCGUUGUCGUUGUCGUCGUCGUCGUCGCUGUCGCUGUCGUAGUAGUCGUAGUCGUAGUAGUCGCUCUUGUUCACGUUCUCGUCAUAGCUGUCGUUGUUGUUGUUGUUGGUGUUCUUAGCGACGUUUGGGGGCAUCAUCAUCAUCAUCAUUAGCAGCAGCAGCAGCAGUAGCCGCAGCGGCAUCUUUUGGUUCUGUUUGUGCCCCAAAACUAUUCGGUCGCCUGCGGUCGUCGUGGUCAGCUCGUCGCCCGCCCGCCCCAAAGAAAAGAAACAAAACAAAAAAUAAUAUAAAAUAGAAACCAAAAAAAAGCAAAACAAAUUCGCCACGUACCGGCCAAUUGACAGCUCGUAAAAAUCGUAAAAAUCAUAAAAAUAAUCAUAACAAUAAUCGUAAAAAAUUAGAACCGCCAGGCAGUCGCACAUUGGCCACAGCCAGACACAGACUCAUAAUAAAAGAAGCAACGCAACAAAAUAUUCGCAGAACUGUGUUGGAAGAAAACCGCGCGCGCUCUUCUCUCUCGUUUUCUUCUCGCUAUCUUGUUCUUUCGGCCAGCGUUUUUUUAUGAUGUUGACCCACGUUGUAGAUACUUAAGAGCCCAUCAAAGCCCGUGUCUAUGUCUGGCAGGUGUCUCGGCUAAGCUCGGUUAACAAAAAAUUGUGCAAUAAGUGAAGUUGGUGAUGACUACACUCGUUACACUCAACUACAAAUUCAAGCCAAGUUGACGAGUGUAUAUCAAGUUCAUAACAUUUCUAGUCUCAAAAGAAAAAGCAAGCAAUAUUUACACAAAAACGUAGCGAACAGCCAAAUAUUCAACAACAAAAGUGCAUACAAGAAAAGAAAAGAAAAAAAAAACAAACAAAGAAGGCAAAUCAGAGAAAUAAAAGUAUAGAAAAAGUUGCAAAAUAAUUCAAAUAAAAGUUUUGUGUGAGAAAGUUUUGCGCACGUUGCACACAGCAAAACUGCAAGUUGAAUUCGUAAACCUCAAGGAUUUGGCGAGUCAAAUUGGAUUAAAGCGAUUUCAUUUUGGAUAGCUGCAAUAAAAAAUUGGAUUAGCUGAAUUGUGAGCAACGAUUUAUGGAUAGCAAAGCGGCAAUAACAAAUAAGAGUUUCAAAAUCAAAAUUGAAAAAUACCAACUAGAGGUUAAGGCUACUUAAGGAUCAUAAGGAACAACUGCAACUGCGAAAGCAACGGAUUUUCUACCAAAACGGAGGAACAGCAAAAACAAAAACAGAAAAACUAAUUUUAUACCUCACACACACACACAACAAACUCCCCAAACACACACACACUAAAUUUAAGGCGCAACUGUACAUUGUACUUAAGUGUUCAAAGGAUAUUUAGUUUACUUUUUAUAUAUAGGAGAAAGUAGCUAAAAGCACACAGAGUCGAGUCACAGUCACUACCAACUAAGUCACGUUCACGGUCAGAGUUACAGUUACAGUCAAGGGGCAACAAGGGGAAGAAAACAAACGGAUAACAAAAUGACGAUGAGUACAAAUAACUGCGAAAGCAUGACGUCAUAUUUCACCAACUCGUAUAUGGGAGCGGAUAUGCACCAUGGCCACUAUCCGGGCAACGGCGUCACCGAUCUCGAUGCACAGCAGAUGCAUCACUACAGCCAGAAUCCAAAUCAGCAGGGCAAUAUGCCCUACCCGCGCUUCCCGCCCUACGAUCGCAUGCCCUACUACAACGGCCAGGGCAUGGAUCAGCAACAGCAGCAGCAGCAACACCAAGGAUAUUCACGUCCCGAUAGUCCUUCCAGUCAGGUGGGCGGUGUGAUGCCGCAGGCGCAGACAAACGGACAACUGGUGUCAGUUGCCCAACAGCAACAGCAACAACAAUCCCAGCAGCAACAGUCACAACAGCAGCAGCAGCAACAGGCGGCGCAGCAACAUCAACAGCAGCAGCAGCAGCAGCAACAUCCUCAGGUGACGCAACAACAGGUGACACAUCCGCAACAGCAGCAGCAACAACAACAGCAGCCCGUCGUCUAUGCCAGUUGCAAGCUGCAAGCGGCAGUCGGUGGCCUCGGUCUGGUGCAAGAAGGUGGCUCACCGCCGCUGGUGGAUCAAAUGGGUGGACAUCAUAUGAAUGCACAAAUGUCGCUGCCCCAUCACAUGGGACAUCCGCAGGCGCAGUUGGGUUACACUGACGUUGGCGUUCCCGAUGUAACAGAGGUGCAUCAGAACCAUCACAACAUGGGCAUGUAUGGACAACAGCAGACGGGUGUGCCGCCAGUGGUGGUGUCGCCACCGCAGGGCAUGAUGCAUCCGGGUGCUGGGCAAGGACCGCCGCAGAUGCAUCAGGGACAUCCAGGACAACAUACGCCUCCAUCCCAAAAUCCGAGUUCGCAAUCUUCAGGGAUGCCGUCACCACUGUAUCCCUGGAUGCGAAGUCAGUUUGAGCGCAAACGUGGCCGCCAGACUUACACACGCUAUCAGACGCUGGAGCUGGAGAAGGAGUUUCAUUUCAACCGCUAUUUGACUCGUCGGCGACGCAUCGAGAUCGCGCAUGCGCUUUGCCUCACCGAGCGCCAGAUCAAGAUCUGGUUCCAGAAUCGACGCAUGAAAUGGAAGAAGGAGAACAAGACGAAGGGCGAGCCGGGCUCCGGUGGCGAGGGCGAUGAAAUAACGCCACCGAAUAGUCCACAGUAGGAGCAGGAAGAUUAAACGCUGCAGGAGUAGUCCAAGUCCACGUCCCGAGUCCCAAGUCCAAAUCCAAAUCCAGCAAACAACACAGCAAACAAAACUAAAUGCAAUUUCAAACUAAAUACAAUUUACAAAAAUAUUCUGAAUUUAUGAAUUUGUUUUGAACUAUCGAAGAGGACUAAAUACUAAAUACGUUGAUGUACACACACAAUACA